AUGGUGGCAGGUGAAGGCGGCGAACACGCAUCCACACCCACCGCCCCGGGAGCGCAAACCGAAAGCGAGGAGCGCAGCAGCGGGACACUCCGUUAUCCUCACCCGCCACGGGCCCCGCCAGGUGUGCGCGGCUCCAUCGCGCCCGCGGCGUCCCGGCGCACGGCUCACCCCGGCUCGACUUCGCCCGCCGGCCCGGGCCCCGGAAGGCGAAGUUUCUCUCCCGCCCGCGGCGGCGGCCGCUCACGCGCCGCCCGGCUCUCCGCGGGUCCCGCAGCCUGCUCCGGGCGGUCGCGGUCACAGGCGCCGGGCCUCGGGCGAGUCGGGGGAGACCGACGGGAGCCGGAGCCGGGACCUGUCACCUCGGGCAGGAAACAAAAGCCGGAGAAACUCAUGCCUAAACAAGCUAUUGACUUCACAUCUGAAUCGUAUCUCUGAAAGCUCUGCCUUGCUGCCUGUUUGCCAGGCCUGCCCAAAGGAUGGAGAGGGGCAGGCCAGGAUGUUUG